GCCGCUGGAGGAAUGUCGAGACCGAAUGAUUUAAAAAUAGCAUCUUCUCUCCUCUGACAGCCUUCUCUAGUGACUCCCUUAGCAUUGUGGUGCGAGAAGCAGGAAUGCGAAGAUGGCUGCAGAUUUAGGAGAGCUGCUUGUCCCUUAUAUGCCCACCAUCAGAGUUCCCAGAACAGGAGACAGGGUUUUCAAGAGCGAAUGUGCCUUUUCCUACGAUUCUCCCGAGUCUGAGGGAGGCUUGUAUGUGUGUAUGAACACAUUCCUGGGCUUUGGCAGAGAACAUGUGGAGAGACAUUACCGUAAAACCGGACAGAGUGUUUACAUGCUCCUCAAACGGCAUGUCAAAGAGAAAGCCACAGGUGCCGCAGGAGGCGCCAUCUCCAGAAGAAGAAAUGGCAGAGUGUUCCUAGAUUUAGAACUGAACCGUGAUUUUAACGGGGAUGAGUAUGAGUGUGAAGACGAGGCCAAGCUCGUCAUAUUCCCAGACCACUUCGAGAUCCCCUUACCAAAUAUUGAGGAGUUGCCUGCACUGGUGACAAUAGCCUGUGAUGCCGCGCUCAACGCUGCGUCAGCCUACAAAAAGCAGGAGUCUGACUCCUGGGACGAGGAGAUCCAGGUGUCCAAACACGCCAGGAGUCUCCGACAGCAGGACAACGGAGUGAGGAUUCCACCCAGUGGUUGGAAAUGUCAGAAGUGUGAGAUGAGAGAGAACCUGUGGCUGAACCUGACGGACGGAGCGGUGCUUUGUGGGAAGUGGUUCUUCGACGGUGCUGGAGGAAACGGCCACGCCCUGGACCACUACAAAGACACCAACUUCCCUCUGGCAGUCAAACUGGACAACAUCACCGCAGAUGGAGCAGAUAUAUAUUCAUUUGAUGAAGAAGAAGCAGUCCUGGACCCUCACAUAUCCGAACACUUGCAACAUUUUGGAAUAGACAUGCUACAGAUGCAGCAGAAUGGAACAGAAAAUGGCCACCUCAACACAGACAACACAGAGAGCGUUCGGCCUCGGGUCAGCGAGUGGGAGGUGAUCCAGGAGUCGGGCAUGAAGCUGAAGGAGGUGUAUGGCUCAGGUUUCACGGGCAUUAAGAACUUGGGUAACAGCUGCUACCUGGGCACCACCAUGCAGGUCCUUUUCAGCAUCCCAGAGUUCCAGAGGGCGUAUGUUGGAAAUCUACAGAGGAUCUAUGACUACUCACCUCUUGACCCCACCACGGAUUUCAGCACACAAAUGGCUAAACUGGGCCACGGACUUCUCUCAGGCCUGUACUCCAAACCACCAAUGAAAUCCGAGCUCAUUGAACAGGUGAUGAGAGAAGAAUACAAGCACCAGUCGAAGGGCAUCUCUCCCAAGAUGUUCAAAGCCAUGGUCAGCAAGGGCCACCCCGAGUUCUCCUCCAACAGACAGCAAGACGCACACGAGUUCUUCCUGCACCUCAUCAACCUGGUCGAGAGAAACAGUGCUGGCUCAGAGAACCCCAGUGAUGUCUUCCGCUACCUGGUGGAGGAGCGUGUGCAGUGCUGCCAGACGCAGAAGGUGUGCUACAACCAGAAGGUGGACUACCUGAUGCAGCUCCCGGCCCCCAUGGAGGCUGCCUCCAACAGAGAGGAGCUGAUAGCGUAUGAGGCCAAGCGAAGAGAGGCAGAGGAGAACAUGAGAGCCCCUCCAGAGCCUGUGAGGGCCCGGAUCCCCUUCACAGCGUGCCUGCAGGCCUUCACAGAGCCGGAGAACGUCCCCGACUUCUGGAGCUCAGCACUGCAGGCCAAGUCAGCUGGAGUCAAGACUUCCCGAUUCGCCUCCUUCCCAGAGUAUCUGGUAGUGCAGAUUAAGAAAUUCACAUUUGGGGUUGACUGGGUUCCAAAGAAAUUAGAUCUGUCCAUAGACGUACCAGACUUCCUGGACCUGUCUCGUCUCCGGGGCACAGGGCUGCAGGCAGGAGAGGAAGAGCUCCCUGACCUCACCCCCCCCAUCGUCCUGCCUGAAGACACCAGAGAUGACUCAAUGAACUCCUCAGAUUCCCCAGAUAUAGACGAGUCGGCGGCGAUGCAGCUGGCGGAGAUGGGCUUCCCUCUGGAGGCCUGUCGGAAGGCCGUUUACUACACAGGGAACAUGGGCCCUGAAAUGGCCUUCAACUGGAUCAUAGCCCACAUGGAGGAGCCUGACUUUGCUGAGCCCCUGGCCCUUCCUUCCUUCAUGGAGCCAGGCCCCUCCAUGGCCAGCCUGGGCCUGGCAGCCACCCCCCUGGACAACCAGCCUCCGGAGGAGAGCAUCGCCAUCCUCACGUCCAUGGGCUUCCCCCGCCGCCACACAGUCCAGGCCCUCAAAGCCACGAACAACAACUUGGAGAGAGCUCUGGACUGGAUCUUCACCCACCCGGAGAGGGAGGAGGAGGAGGAGGAGCCUAGUGACAACCUUUUGGACAUGUCUGACAUCAUGGAGCCCAACGACAACACCUUCUCCAACGCAAACACUAACAGCCACUCCACGCUGUCCCCAGACCAGGAUGCCUCGGGCCCCCGGAUCAAAGACGGACCCGGACGUUACGAGCUUUUUGCUUUCAUCAGCCACAUGGGAGCGUCCACUAUGUCUGGUCGUUAUGUAUGUCAUAUCAAGAAGGAAGGAAGAUGGGUGAUCUUCAAUGACCAUAAAGUGUGUUUGUCAGAAAGGCCUCCAAAAGACUUGGGCUACAUCUACUUUUACCGUCGGCUGUCUAGCUGCUAGACCUAUCCCCCCCCCCUUUACCGUCAGCUGUCUAGCUGCUAGAACCCCCUCCACUCAACCCUCCAACCUUAGAGAACCACAGCCUGGAAAACAGAGGACAACCAUGACAUCAGUGGAAACCAUGGAAACACCUCAGACCAGCCAUGAAACAAAGGAAGCCACUCAACUCAUCCAAGUCACUCAAGAGCAACAGGAAAAUGCUUCCAUACUUCAAGUGCAGUCAAAAAAAAGGGAAAGCAAUGUGGGUAUUUUUUGUAUGUCACUGUGAAAAUCGUGUGCUUUUGUGUAUUGAAACAUGUUAUUUUGUCUACGGUGUUGGUACAGAGGGAUGUGUGCAAUUCUUGUUAUUGGAGUGCUCUACACCUAUAGUAUUAGCCUAUCAGAUCGUGCUAUUCAUUUUCUAUGCCUUCAGCUACUGUGCCAGUAUUUUUAUUAAUGAAGUGCUACGUUUUAUAAACGUGGAGCAUGGUCCUGAAGUGGUUACGCAUCACUGCCAGGAACUAAAACUCUCUGAAGUGAAACUCAACAAAAAAAAUCACAAAGCUGCUCAAUGCUGCUGGGAGCUUUGCAUGUACAGAUGUAGGAUCUUAAUUUGACCACAGCAGGAAAAUAAUCCUGUAGCAACUGGAAAUGUGAAUUGUGUGGAUUAUAAUUAAUGGACUUUUUUGUAGGGGUUGAUACAUUUUUAUUUAGGACAAAUCAUAUGAUGAAAAAACACAUCAUACUGUGUUUUGACAGUUCUAGAUCUUGAAAGCUUGAUCGCGGAAAUACAAAACAUUUUGGGAAUGUAUCAAAUGUGGCGUAAUGCAACGAAUACUAAAACAGUUUUCUUAGUGAUAUUUUCCUUUAACGUAAUGGCAUUGAAUUCAGAGAAAUGGGCAGCAUAAGCAAGUUUCAGAAUAAGGAAACACAUUUGAAAAAACGCUCUCGUCUAUGAUGAACACUUACACAUGGGAAUCCAUUAAUAUGUAAUAUCCUUAUUGGAGAGUCCGAUGUACGUACUGAUGGUGUCAUAAUAGUCGCAUAUCUGUCUGGUUUUGACUUGCUGAUGACAUCCUGCUUUUUCUGGGAUUCAGAGGAGAAACGGUAACAAUUGGACGUAUCAAGUUGAGUCAAGUUCAUUUAAUUUCCCACGAGAACAGAAUGUUGUUUUUAUAUUGAAAUCUGAAAGCACUUUUCGACAGAUUAUUUUAUAUCCUUGCUUUUCACAGAGAAACAGAGCACUAGCAUAGCAGCUACCUUGGCUCAAAUACCACAAACGGAUGUAUUUGCUUCUCUUGAAUGUGGUAAAAGCCAUGGGCUGAAUGUGUUUUAUUUUCAGACCAUGUUGCGAUUUACUCGUACUGUAUUCAUACCGUUGUUGCUUCACAUAUAAUUCUACACAUAAGUGAAACAUGCCUUGGAUUGCCGUUUUCCUCAGAUCAGAUUGGCCAUGGUGACUAGCAAUGCAGAAUUUUUAUUUUAUUUUAAUCCUUUAGAUAAAAGGCCCACCCCAGUUUUGCAUAAUAUCUAGAAAUAUUUUGUAUACAGUAUUCUAAGGAGAUCUACUUUGGUUGCUCGCCUAAUUUGAUUACAUUUUUUUGUGGAAGGACAGACAACACACUAACUCAUGAGGUAAACUUUUUCCCGUUAUGGUAGUCCUUAAAUGUUACCUUGUUUUGUAUUCAUAUUCGAUACGCCACCAUCUUUUUAAAUGCAGAAUGGUAUGCAUCUGAACACAUCCAACUUGUGUUACGUUAUUAUUAUAGCAAUAUGCACUGGGAUGGAAUCUCAUCCCUUGAGAAUACACCAUGUACUGUAGGUUGUGAUCUACCGCUUGUUUCAGAAUGCGUUCUCCUGCUUUUAUGACGUGGAGCAGUCCUGAAUGUAUUCCUUAUGGUGCUCACUGCAACCAAAACCUAUCUUCAGCUUUAAUGCUCAAAUCUAUCACAUAUCAAAGACCUUACUGACGCAUAGUCACCAACCCUUGUGUAUCUAUUGAUACUGUAUUCAGCAUUUGCUCAAAGACUCUCUGCUCAUGCACCGAGUCACUAGGAUGUCUUCUUCUCCUGAGCCUAUACAGCCACUCUAUCGAAGACAGUUUGUCGACCGGCGUAGUUGUACAAACAAAGUGUUGCCUACAGUUCAUUACAUAUCGACAAGGUAGUGGAGUGCAAUGUUACAUAUCAAAAACCCUCUCAUAUUUUUUAUUUUCUUUCUAAGAAUAAUUACCUGGGACACUAGCCAAUCAAAGACUACUUACCUGCGGCACUAUCCAAUCAAAUAAUUGUUACCUGGGGCACUAUUCAAUCAAAAUACUUACCUGGGGAACUAGCCAAUCAAAGAAUACUUACCUGGGGCACUAUUCAAUCAAAAUACUUACCUGGGGAACUAGCCAAUCAAAGAAUACUUACAGGUUUCUUGAAAAAGUCAACAUGAUUUUUUUUGCAUUUUAAUACUUCUCAAUUAAAUUAAAGCACUCCACAACACGAAGGGUGAUAUGAAAGAAACUAAAACUGCAUAUAAAGUCAAACAUACUUUCUUGCUGUGCAGGAUGAAUCAUGUUUUUGGACCCACACCAGGAACCCAGAAAAUGGUUUUGAUUUACUAGAGCCUUCCCCCUCAAGAUCUCCCAUCCUUGUCAGACACUCCUUGAUAAUUUGCUGUUGUGUAAUUUGCCUGUGCAGUGGGGAUUCUUUAUGGUCUCUAUGUAAGUCUUUGUGUUACUGCAAUCUCCCUUCCACAUGUGAUUGUUUUUCUUAUAGAGAUAGAAUGUAUAGAGUGAAUCCCUCCUCUUUUCCAUGUAGAUUGCCAAGGGUCCUAGUGGCCCUUUGUAUAACCAGGCCUACUUCACUGCCAAAGGUAUUUUUUAUUUGUUUAUUUUACUAGGAAAGUCAGUUAAGAACAAAUUCUUAUUUUCAAUGAUGGCCUGGGUUAACUGCCUUGUUCAGGGGCAGAACGACAGAUUCGUCAGCUCGGGGAUUCGAUUUUGCAACCUUCCAGUUACUAGUCCAACCACUAGGCUACCUGCCUCCCCAUCUGAUUACUGAGGGAGGGUGUUCUAUGCAUUCUAGUUCUUUACAUUUGUCCUCUACAGGGGCUCCUCCCACCUUGGCACUCAUCCUCUUUUAGGCUGGCAGGGUGACCUCUCACCUUCAUUUACAGUGGAUAUAUUUGUUAUGUAGGAUGUCUGGGGCUAGAUUCUAUCAGUUCUGCCUUAACCCGCAAUAACCGACAACUGAAUAGCAGUUUCAUUGUUUUUAUUUAGGCGAUGUCGGAGGUGUAACUACGUUGGCGCUGUCAAAUCUGCAAACGUCUCCCGGCGUUAAACCGAUCGUGGACAUUGGAUGUCGCAUUAGUAAUAAUCCCAUGUAGCCUUUUUACAAGUUUGAAUACUGGAAUGUGUGUUGUAACCUACACCUCAAUUAGGCUGAUAUUAUUCCAUAAUAUGAAUUUGAGUCAUUAUUUCUAUAUAGCCUAGGCUUGCUUUCUCAUUGUGAACUUUAACGCGAAUGGGUGUGGCUUCGUGACAAUGACCACACGAACCGCUUGCUCACCGGUUUGCCAGCUCUGAUACAGUUACAUCUCCGACAUGGCCAAAACACCAGCUAUGCAGUGUUGAUCUGAUUUUAAAUCUAGGCCUUCGUCUUCUGCCUUUUUUUUUCUCAGCCCUCCAUCAUCUCUGUCUCUCCCUCUCCACCACUCGCUCUAUCUCCCGAGGUUGUGAAUGGUAACUAACGGUUCACCUUUUGUGUCACAAAACGCCUUCGUACUGUCCGCAUGUGCACUAAAAGUUGACUUUCAGUCAUUUGGAUUGUACAAUUGUAUUUGUGCGUUUUCUAAUGUAAUUGAACUAAAUGGUCAAUGGUACUUCACCUGUUUUUACUCCUUUUUCUUCUUCUUUUUGGCCAAUUCUGUAGUUUUCAUUACAUACAGAUUCCCUGAAGGGAUUAUUUAAAGUAGACUUUUGUAAUGUAUGUAUUUAUCCAAAUAUUGUUUGGGAUAUCAGUAUUGUAAUGGAAUAUGUGAAUACAUGGUUAUCACAACAAUAUAUCCGCUGGUACUGUCAAAUAAACUGCAUAUUUCUUGA